GUAAUAUAUAGUUAAUGCCGGAAUCGAUUUCUGCGUAGAACGAAGAGAGUUAUUUCUUGUUAUCGUUUUCCCUAACGACCGAAAACAUGGCUGAGGCAGAAGAAACUCAAAAGAAAAAGAGGACUUUCCGAAAGUUCACCUUUCGAGGAGUUGAUCUCGAUCAACUCCUUGAUAUGCCAAAUGAGCUACUUAUGGUUUUGAUGCAUGCUCGUGCUCGUAGGCGAUUCUCUCAUGGUUUAAAACGAAAAUCUAUGGCUUUAGUAAAGAAGCUCCGCAAGGCAAAAAAGGAAACACCACCUAAUGAAAAACCAGAAAUUGUAAAGACUCAUUUACGUAACAUGAUCAUAGUACCAGAAAUGGUGGGAUCAAUUGUUGGUGUUUACAAUGGCAAAACAUUCAAUCAAGUUGAAAUUAAGCCAGAAAUGAUUGGUCAUUACUUGGGAGAAUUUUCUGUUACUUACAAACCUGUAAAACAUGGUAGACCAGGUAUUGGUGCUACUCACUCUUCAAGAUUUAUCCCAUUAAAAUAAUUUAUACUUUUAACACGAAUAAAAAAUAUAAAAAUUAA